GUCUGUGCAGGCAGCCGGUGGUAGCUCAGGAAUCUGACUGACACCUCGGACUGGACAGCGAGUCACUCAGUGAGCGGAACUACUCGUGGAUCCAGCCGCUGAGCGCACAAGCAUCCAGCCUUCAUCUCAGCGGGAAAAGAGACUUUUAUUAGCAGUAAAAACAGGAAGUUACCAUGAUGGCAGUCCUGGGCAGCGCCGGUCGCUUGAUCCAACUUGCCAGGAACACCGUCAGUCUGAGUGUAAGGAGACGCUCCACUGCUGCUGCUUUAGCCCAGACUGCAUCUCCAGAAACACAGGAAAACAGGAAACCUAAGACGGGCAUCUUGAUGCUGAACAUGGGAGGGCCCGAGAAACUGGAAGACGUUCACGACUUCCUGCUGCGGCUGUUCAUGGACACAGACCUGAUGAAGCUCCCUGUACAAAAUAAACUCGGUCCGUUCAUCGCCAAGCGCCGCACGCCAAAGAUCCAGGAGCAGUACAGUAAGAUCGGAGGAGGCUCCCCCAUCAAACACUGGACCUCCAUGCAAGGGGAGGGCAUGGUGAAGCUGCUGGAUGAGAUGAGUCCUCAGACAGCUCCUCACAAGUUCUACAUUGGUUUCCGGUACGUUCACCCGCUGACGGAGGAAGCCAUCGAGGAGAUGGAGAAAGACGGAGUGGAGAGAGCUGUGGCCUUCACACAGUAUCCUCAGUACAGCUGCUCCACCACAGGCAGCAGUCUGAACGCCAUCUACCGUUACUACAGCAACAGAGGCGACAGGCCAAAAAUGAGGUGGAGUGUCAUUGACCGCUGGCCCACACACCCUCUGCUGGUGGAGUGUUUUGCAGAACAUAUCAGUAACGAGCUGCUGGCGUUUCCAGAAGACAAAAGAGACGACGUUGUCAUUCUGUUCUCAGCACACUCUCUCCCUAUGGCUGUUGUAAACAGAGGUGACCCAUAUCCUCAGGAAGUAGGAGCCACAGUUCAGAGAGUCAUGGAGAGACUUGGACACUGUAACCCUUACAGACUGGUGUGGCAGUCCAGGGUGGGGCCCAUGCCGUGGCUUGGCCCCCAGACGGACGAUGUGAUCAAAGGCCUGUGUGAACGAGGGAAGAAGAACAUCCUGAUGGUGCCCAUCGCCUUCACCUCUGACCACAUAGAGACUUUACACGAGCUCGACAUUGAGUAUGGACAGGUACUGGGGGAGGAGUGUGGGGUGGAGAACAUCAGGAGAGCUGAGUCGUUGAAUGGGAACCCUCUCUUUAUGAAGGCUCUGGCAGACCUGGUCCAGUCCCACCUGAAGUCCAACCAGCCCUGUUCCCGCCAGCUGACCCUCCGCUGCCCGCUGUGCACCAACCCCACCUGCGGAGAGACCAAGGCCUUCUUCGCCAGCCAGACACUUUCAUAGAAUCACACACACACUAUGGUGCCCUUCCUGCAGCAGUGCUACCUGUGAAGAAAGUUAAGGCCUUCUUCUAUAAGCAGAAGAUUCACAAACGCACACACUCACUCCGUCUCUCCAGCAAGAGUGUCUGUCAUAAAAAAAAAACAAAGUGGCCUGAUGGUUUCUGUGAAUACAUUUUGACGCUUUGUUUAUUACAGUUUAACCACAGCAAAUACAUUACUGUAUGGGAAAGUAACUUCCAGGCAGAAAAUGUGUGACACUCAAUCACAAAUUUGCAUUAUGUAAAUGGGGGAAUAGGCUAUAUUGGGCUUUGGAUAAACAAACAAUAAAUGUGUGUGGUUUUGAUCUGAACAAAAAAAACCUUUCUUUUAAAUGGAUCAGAUUCCACAAGUUGACAGAAUAAGAAUAUUGAAUAGCUGUUUCAUAUAAUAUAUAAGUCCACACAUGUAAAAAAAGUAUCAAUAAAAUGCUAAUCAAAUUUAAAAUUGACUUGCUGGAAAUAACAUCUCCGCUUAGCACUAAUCUCAGAUUACCUGAAUAAACUUGAUUCGGUACAGAAAAACAAGUGCCCAUGUUAGGAUUUUUUGGCAAAAGUCGGUGCAGAUAAAAGAACUGCCACUCUGCAGAAAUUGAUCACAUCAAAGCUACAGGGGAAAAAGCCUUUGGUUUUUUUUGGGUAGGGGGAUUAUUUGCUUACGUGCAAUUCACCAUCAGAGACCCUGUUUCUCUUUCUGCUGGUGCUAAAUGAAUAACAGUCGGCCAUGACGACCUGGUUGGUUGGCUGGAUCUCUCCCCCGCCUCCUCACCCGUCACUUCAUGCCAUUGACAAACACACGUCAGCAACCCCAUCCAUCCUGCCGCAGUCUGUAUGUGAUUGGAGUUGGUUGGUGCUUGUCACGCUGCUGCCUGAUUGGUGAAUACCAGUGCGAUAUAGGAAGGAAUUGCGCUGCGACUUGAGGGUUUUAAGAGAUGUAGCUUUUGGCUGCGUUCACACUGCACGCCAAAGUGACCCAAAUCUGAUCUUUUUGACCAUAUGUGAUCUGAUAUUUUUUGUGUGAACAACCCAAGUCAAAUUGAAGCUGAUCUUUUCCAGUUUGGAUUUGGUCCACUUUCAUGUGAUGGUCCAAAUCAGAUACAGGUAGGAGUUUUUUGAAAUGCGACCUCAGUCUGUACAGUCAGAUCAGAAUUCAUGCAACUCUGACGUCACUAUAGAGCGACUUUUGCCACAAUUCAGUGUGUCACGUGCAUGCGGAAACAGUAGGUGUAUUCGCACUGUGUAUAAUACAAGGGUAAUGAAUGCAAUUACAAAACAUUUGUCAUAAACCAGGAGAAUUGUGACCCUGGGAGGAAACUGGGAGAGGGCCAUGAAAAAUGAGAGUAUUCAAUGAAAGUCUGCAGGUUUGGCAAGUAUAUGAUGACCUCUGUGGCAUCCAUGUUUACUUCCAGACUAUAGUAUGCUACACAUGACGGCAUAUUAUUGUUUUGUGCUUGCAUGUCACUUCCAAGCCGUGGCCAGGUCACACUGGAGUUUGAUAUGGGCCACAUUUAAAUAUAAUAAAUAAAUAGAAUAUUAAAAUUACAGUCAAUCAACAAAAUCAGAUCUGAAAAGGGAAAAUUGAGCUGUUGUAUCUUUACAUAUGCACCUUGUGAGGUAGUUGCGGGACGCACAAAAAACAGGUAGCUGAGUUAAAACCUACUGAGUUAAUUUUUUUGCCGUAAGAUGAGCACAUAAGUUUUGUAAUUUUUACAUAAGUGAAUUCAGUCCAUUAGUGUGUCCUUGAUGGAAAAGCAAAUGGGAACAAAUGCUACUGGCGGUCUGCAACUCUGCAGUGAAGUAAAAAAAAAAAAGUGUAACAACAUAAUUUUAGGUCUGAUGCUCACUCAUCAGCUUUAUGUAGCAUCUUGCAAUCCUGUGAAAAACUGAUGUCUGUUUUUGUUUAUUUUCUGUCACCACAUCUUGGCCCAUGACAAGACGGCAAACACUAGCUAGACCCGCACCUUUCUAUAAGGAACGCAGCGCUGACUGUGCAGGGUCUGCCAGUGACAUCGCUUUCCCAGUAGAACACAAACUAAACAGUACAGUGGAUCCUUCCAAAUGUUGAAAGGGACAGUGCUAAUGGUUGAUAGCUAAUGCUAUGUGGAAGGGACAACUCAGUUUUGUAUCAGUGUUCAGAGGCUGUACAGUGUGACCUUCUCCAUGGAAGUUGCCACAUUGUCUCAGAUGUCAGUCAACUGAUGCUGUUGGAAAAAGUUCAAAACUGAUCUGUAGUUUCCUCUGAACCCUCUCUCAUUACUGGGGUUGAGCGAGUACUCACUUGGCUGAAAUGAGUUCACAGUACAGAUAAUGUACUUUUUACGAGUAUCAUCAGAGUAAAAUGUGUCAAUAUCCAUUUUCUAAUAAAAAUACUAACUAAAAAAAGAUCUGUAAGUAGUUAUCUUUACUAUUUAAUUUUGAGGUUGUUCUGUAGCUAGUUUCAUAAUAAAUAUAGUAAUCAACUAAUAUCUAAUUCAUGUUUAAAUGAACAAAUUCUGGUUAGCUCCACCCACAUCCAUUUUAAGCCCCGCCCAUUCUGAGUGCGAAUAGGAAUCCAGAUAAUAAUGUACUCGCUCAUCCCAACUACUUAAUAAAUCAUUAAGCCCUCUGAGUUAAUUCUGUGCAGAUAUUACUUUUGAUCACCAAUACUAUUGAUCUACUACUUUGAUUUAUGAUUAUCGGAAUUGAUUUUGUAACAUUAGCGCAGGCCUUUUCUAUUACUGUGAGAACACUGUAUAGGCCUAACCGUUUCAGUUUGAGGCAAUACGACAAAAUGCUUUUUCUUUUAAUUCAUGUCACAUCCUUGUUGGUGUGAUGAGAGCUGAAAAAUAAAGUCACUUUUGAGGGACUGCAAGAAAAAAAGAUGCUGGCAUUGUCCUUCAAUAGCAAGAUGCAGUAUAUGUUCUUAAAAAAAAAAAAAAAGUGGCUCAGAAAUGACAGACGUCGAGUGGAUUAGACUUUAGUUUUAAGGUUGAUUGACUGCGACUUCUGUCUGCCUCAGUGCUGUUUUGUUUUCGUCCACUCACACCUCCCCGAUCACAGUGCAAUUUCUUGUUUCGCCGUCAAGUGCUACAGCUCCAAAAAUGUCUUGAAGGUCGGAUGUUUGAUCCCCUCUGCUGUCCCAUUUGCUCGGGAUGAGACUACCUAAUAAUGAGUAAAUGUCAAAAUAAAACACUUUUUAUGGGUUGUAACUUGACCUUUGGCCUCUGCCCCUGUUCCCCCUCUUAAUGUUUUUGUCAUGUUAUGCCAUGAUAAUGUGCCUUUUACACUGGCUAACUAGAAAUACUGGACUUUUGCUUUAUGUUCUUUUUUACGUGUGUGUGAACCAAAAUGCUGAUGUGAAAAAUCCACCCUGAAAUCUGAAUUUACAUCUUCCUGCUGUGAUCUGGGCCAUCGACGGCUCUCUCCCUAUGUUGAAAUCCAGAAAAAGAGCUCCUUACUGAGGUGUUUUAUAUUCCAAACUGCCGUGAAUUAACUCUGAACUGUACAACUUUAGCUCGCGACCUAAUCUACGGACAGUGAGCUAACUAGAUAAAGGGCGAGCUAAAUGGCACGUUUCGACAAUGGGGGUAACCAUUUUGGAAUAAUACCACUUCGUCAGAGUAUUGAAAGGUUUUCCUGUCUCCAAUUCUGCUGAUGUAGUGCAAAUACAGCUUUACAGCUAGCUUGCUAGGUAACUAACUAACUUAUGCAUUAAAGGGCUCACUAGCUAGUUAGCUCUCUAGCUCACUAACUUGUCUAAGUGCAGCUAUUCUGAAGAUGAUGUGACAGAACAUACAGGAUGAUUAGUACAAGAUGGGCACUGACUUUAACAUUAAGCUUUAAGUUAUUUUUUUUAAAACAGGAAAGUUGGACUAUCAGACCUGUAAAAUCUCUUAUUAUUUAAAUUUUACUUUUACCUCACUCUUUGAACGUUGUGACACGUUGUAACCAUUGGCAACUGCCAACGACGCUUGCCUGAAUUGUACAGUUGUUUUAGUUGGUACAUUCUUGCUUCCACUGUGUCAUACAUACAGCAAAGCACUUUACAACACAUAUUCUCAUUCCAUACAGACGACGUUACGUUAUGCUUUCACUGCUCUUCCACAGGUUUGAACGGGAUGGUUUUGAUUUUGAGGAACACUUCCUUAAAGACCUAAAGUUAGACAAGCUCAAGGAGUCUUGUUUUGUGUCGCUACAUACUAACUGAAGGUAUGUUAAAUGGUGACACUGACAUAGCUUAGCUCAAUUACUUGCUGUCAGGGUGUUCAAGUGGUAGCUCACCUUAAAGGAGGAUUUCUGUAAUUGUGCUGAGCUGCAAGAUGAUCCCGCAGACAUUAUGCAAUAGAGCUAAGCUAAUCUCAUUAUGUGAUACCUUCAAACUGCAAAUCAGUGUCUGUAAGAAAAAAAGUUAAUCUAAAAGCCAAACUAUCACUUCACUACAACUGUCACUUAGAAAAAGUCCUAUUUGUGCAAAAUGGCAAACUGUUUAAGUCACAGCAGGAAGACAUGCUAAUGUCUGUGAUGGGUGGGUUUUUCCUCCACCAUCAUGUUUUAUGAUUUAUUUAUUAUCCUCUGUGUUUUGACAGGUCUGUUUUUAAGAAUGUUGCUGUGUGUUUAGCUGAAAAUGCAUUGCGCAGAGUUUUUGUUGUACAUAUAACACUGCUUUGUUGCAGCUCCUGCAUACUUUUGUUUUGCUGUUUGAUUUUUAUUUAUGUUUGUUUUUUAUGUGUUCCAGACCACACAAAACCAUCUGUCUCCACUGUUUGAACUUUUUAUUAAAUAUAGGCUAUAUUUAGGAGACAUGGUAUUAACAGUGCGAGAACACAUAACGAGUCUUCCUUCAAAAUAAAAUACAAUAAAAAAAACCAACAACUGGUGACCGGG